CUUUUAUCCAGCCCUAAAACAGACACCGUUGUUGCGAAACUGCACCACGCAGUGUGUUGUGAUAGUUUAAGAAAAAUAGUUUCCGACCAUUUUUAAUUGUUUUUGUUGUACGGCGUCCAAGUAAUGCAGCAAUGUGCCUUAGCUUUGAUGGGCGCUCUUGCUGCUAUUGUAACCAAAGUAAACAUUUUAACGCCGUUGACGAACCUGUCGCCGACGUCGUCAAAAAAUCCAAUUAACAGCUAACUCUACAUUCAGCUGUUCUAGUAAAAAAAAUAUACGGCAUCCACGUAUAAUGGCCAUAAAAAAUGUUCUUAAAGGGCUCACAAUACGUCGCCGUCGCCUCAUCCUGUAUACCAUGAUCACUUCCAUUGUAACAGCCGCUUUAGUAAUACCUUCAGUUGACUCGUCAGCAUCAGCAUUGCCCGAAGAGGCAAGCGAAUCGGAUCUACAGGCGGCAAAGCCAACUCCUCCUGCAAUACCCCACUGUGUGGAGCAACAGGAGCGAAGCAUUGGGCGAAGAUUAUUGUAUAUCACAACGCUCGAUGGUCGCCUCAACGCUUUGGAUAUUGCAAACUCUGGAAAAAAGAGAUGGAGCAUAGAAACGGGACCGGGUCCACUUAUCUCAUCGAGCAUUCAUCGGCUAGAGCUAACUAAUAAUGGACAGUUCGUACGCAUGAUACCAUCCCUGAGUGGAGGUAUUUAUAAAUUCGAUGGCGAUUCCAUAGAUCCCAUACCCAUUACUGCAGAUCACUUACUUAGCUCUAGCGCUAAGUUUAGUGAUGAUCUUGUUAUCUCCGGCGGUAAGGAGACACGUAACUAUGGCGUUUCUGUAAGAACUGGGCAGCUUCUUUACGAGUGCUCCAUCAAUGGCUGUGUGAAUGCUACAAAUGAGGAACGUGUCAUUAACGAUACAGUUAGUGAACAAGAUAAAACCGAAAAUGGAGAGCACUCAGAUGAACAAUUACGGGAUGAGGAUGGUUACAUUGUUCCACACAAUUCACUUCUGGACGACGUUAUCGUGGUGCGUCGCCAGACUCAAACAGUACGCGCUGUCGAAUCCCGUACAGGCAUAGAACGCUGGAAUUUCAGUGUUGGACAGCAUGAGCUCAAUCUGAUUCGAGCCGAUGAUUGUCACGAGGAGCCGCGCAGUGAUAUGGAACUGGCUGUAUUAGAUGUGGAUAUUAGAGUUGUAGUGCCAGAGGGCAUUGUGUGUGCAUUCAGCAAGAGUGAUCCGCAGGUGAUGCUGUGGAAGCACCAGUUCAACAAUCCCAUUGUUAGUGCGUGGCAUACAAAUGAAGCCGAUGAAUUGCAGUCCAUUGAUCUAUUUAGUUCUGCACAUUGGCAGACUGAACAGCAAGCGGAUGGCAAACAGCCUAGCCGUGCACCCUCCAUCUAUCUGGGCAUGUACGAGAAGCAGUUGUACAUACAAGAAUCCAUUCGUUUGCGAGAAGAAAUUAUGUUUCAGUCGCAGAAUUAUCCACAGCUGUCGGGUGACACUAGUUUUCUGCCGAGAAUACCCUGGCGGCCAAUUGCUGCCAGUAAAAACUCGCUAGUGCUAUUCCAGGACGAGCGUGAUCAAGUAGUCCUGCCAGAGGAUUAUGGGAAUAACGAAUUAAUUCCAUAUGACGGUCAAAAGUUGGCAGUGGCAGCGCAGUCAGUCCUGAAUGCCUCGGAGUAUGUAAAUGGCAAUGGUUUCUACUUCUACACUGACUCACAGUUGAGGAAGCCAAGUGGUGCGCUGGAAUGUGGCGCUAAUGAUACGCCCAGUAGCUUGCCUGCCAUAGAAACACCACCGAGCAGUAACGAACCAGAUGGCAAAUCCAAUGCAGGUGGCGGAAAUCAGAGCGUCAAUGAUGAUCUGGGUUUUAGUUUAGAUGAUAUUGACGCCCCUGUUAAAGUUAUCAUACUCUCGCUGUGGUUUUGGUGGAAGGAGAUAGUGGUCAUUGCAUUUACCUCGGCGGUGUUGCUUAACAUGUUUAUGGGCCAUCGCAAUCAGCGUGUAGAACGUGAGUACUUUGUCAUUGAAAGGCAUGUACCUGUUCAAACUGCCAUUGAAGCAACGGAAGCAUCUACACAGGCGCUCUUGGGGCCAGUAGUGCCUGUGACUGGAAAUAACCACCAACAGCGUGGAAAUCGUAUCAACGCUUCAAAUGUUAGUCGCACACAGCGGUCCAUUUCAGAGUCAACAACAAAUUCCGGUGAACAUUUUACAUCCCGCUUUCAAUCUGAUUUCGAUCUAUUGCAAUGUCUGGGCCGAGGAGGAUUCGGUGUGGUUUUUGAGGCAAAGAACAAGUUGGAUGAAAAUCAUUAUGCGAUUAAACGUAUAACGUUGCCCAAUAAGGAGUCAUCGCGGCAACGUGUGCUGCGUGAGGCGCGGACAUUAGCCAGCUGUGAACACCAAAAUAUAGUGCGAUACUUUCAUUCCUGGGUAGAAACACCGCCUGUAGGCUGGCAAGAAGAGGAGGAUCGUAAGUUGUUGGCACAUGAGCUGUCAACUUCUAUACAAAUCGAGACUCCUGAUGGUAGCACUCUGCCAUCUUUUCCAAAUCAUAAAGAUAAUAAGCAUCAUGACCUGAUUUCUUGGGUCUCAGAUACAGUAAACAGCACUGCCUGUAGCAAUGAGUAUGGGCGUGGCGAUAAAUCGCUUAGCCGCAAUAUAAAAUACAACGAAGAAGACGAUGAUGAUGAUGAUUCGCUUAUAGAAUUUCGUAGCGAAUCACAGUCAGCGGCUCUCCAUGCAGAUGAAGUAGACAUAAGUGAGGUGCAGCCGAUACAGUCAAAUAACGAAAUCCAGCAGAAUAUAAAACCGAGCUCUGUAUCUAUUGAUGUACACUCUGCGUCUUUUGAUUUGAGGAACAUAAAUUACACGCAGCAUCAGCUAUCUCAUUCAUUUCAAAUCGAAUCGAUUCGUUCGAAGGGCAAUACCAGCGGCACAGACGAAGACACUGAAGUCUCCCCCAGGCGCAAGCCAUUGACUUUGGCGCUACCUAACAAUCACAAUCAACAAAUUCAGCCACAGUCACAUAACAACCAGAUAGUAUUGCCAAAUGCUACUAUGCAGAACGGAACCACAGUUAAGCCCAAUAAGGUUUAUCUUUAUAUACAAAUGCAGUUAUGUCGCAAGGAGAGUUUGCGCGACUGGCUCCGAGACAAUCGCACUGAAGCGCGUGCCUCGCAUAUCGCUCACAUCUUUCACCAGAUUGUAGAUGCGGUAGACUAUGUCCAUCUAAAGGGCCUAAUACAUCGCGAUCUUAAGCCUAGCAACAUAUUUUUCUCCAAAGAUGGACAAAUCAAGAUUGGUGACUUUGGGCUCGUUACUGACAUGGCGGAUAUUCCAAAUAUCUUAAAUGAUUGCGGUGAUCAAUCCGGUUUGCCUUCUUGUGCUCGUCACACGCAAUUGGUGGGCACACAUCUUUACAUGUCGCCAGAGCAGUUACGUGGUCAACACUAUGACUAUAAAGUGGAUAUAUAUUCGCUGGGCUUAAUAUUUUUUGAGCUUCAUGUUUAUUUUUCCACUGAAAUGGAGCGAAUUAAAACGCUUCGUGCCUUAAGGGAUGGCCAAUAUCCUGAGGACUUUGUCAUACAACAUCCGGAGCAGUAUGAGUUGCUUCAAAGAAUGCUCUCUUCACAACCAGCUCAGCGUCCGCAAACAAAACAGUUGAAACAGCAACUGCACGACAUUCUUCAACUACCUGAACGUCUGGUAGAUGGGCACAGCGAACAGGCAGCCAUGGAAGAAGCCACGCGUCGGUUGAGUCGUAGCCGCACUUUCAGCACUAACAGCGAACAGCAUCAGUGAUAAAGACAAAAGCCGGAGGACGUUGGUGUAUCAACACAUAGUUUUAAGUUAAAUUAAGUCAUCAACCUUUGAUUGUAAGUUAUUAUUCAGUUUGUUUUAAAUCAGAACAAUUUUUACACAACGCACGUUGGCUAUUCCUUUAUCGAUUCUACUCUUGAAAUGUUUGU